AUGCUGAUGAUCGCAGCAGCUUCAUCAAUCUCCUUCGGACCUUCGCACUGCCAUUAUUGUCAUGCUGAAGGGGUUGGUUGCUCAACAUCUUAUGGAGUCACUAGCAGGUGGAUCGGAUCUUCUUUUGAUUGUCAAAGAAUUACUGAUCAUUCAGGCAUAAGUUUCAGAUGUGGGAAUCCAUUUUUUGGAGCUACGCGAUCCCAGUGGUUGCAAUUGGGGGAUGAAAUGAGCCUUUCUAAAGUGUUUGUCGCUGCAGAUUAUUCAGAUUCAGUACCUGAUUCAUCUAAUUAUUUAGGCCAUAAUGGGUAUCAUCCUCUUGAGGAAUUGAAAGAUCGCAAAAGAGUUCGUGACAUUAACCUCACCUCUGCUGAAAUAGCACGGACUGCAGUUGAGGCAAACAACAGUGCUUGGUUGAUAUUUCCAAGUAUGGUGCACUGUGAACCACACAGACAAAUCUCAUGGGCUGAGUUUCAAUAUGUUAUUGAUGAGUGGGGAGAUAUAUUUUUUGAAAUUUCUGAUGAUGAAAACAUCUUGCAAGAUCGUGGUGCAAGUAACCCUGUGAAUGCUUUAUUUGGGAUGGAUAUCCCACUAUAUGAGAACAAAUGGAUAUAUGAUGCUGAAUAUGACAUUUCUGAGAGUGGUUUUAGGGAUGAAAUUUCUUUUCGUGAUGAUUACUUUGAGUUGGAGGGUUCUGAAAUUUUCGAUAUCCCAGUUGACUGGGGAAGGCCAGAUACUUCCAGAUCGGUUCAUCCAGUUUAUUUUGGAAAAUGUUUGGCAAAGGUGAUUACUGCUUGGCCUGGUAGCUAA